AUGUCUCAAGAUAUUGAAGCAAAACCAGAGCCUUCAAACGUGGACAAAUAUAUUCCUAGUGCUCCUGCAGACGAAGCGAAUGCCGAUGGAGAGAACUGUACAUUACAAUCAGCUCAGAUAAAAGAUAUGAAAACAAAUCUAGCUGUUCAAUCUCAGUCACACUCCAAAAACGAUCUUGGCAUUGUACGAGCGCUUUUCGUGAACGAAGAUAGCGACGUAAAUAUUUUCGGGAUGUAUUUAACUCCAAUGCAGCUUAAAAAGAGACAAGGUUGGGACGAAUCUCUGUCUAAGAUGGCGGAAAGCAGGUCAUUAAGUCUAAUCAACCUUCCAUUGGACUACGGAGCUCUUGUCAAAAACUGGCAGGCUUCAUAUUCAUACCUGGAGACCCUUGAAAUCUCUCAAGUCCUGUACUGCGAUUCUACGUUUCGAUGGGAACAUGUUCAGAAGAUGGAAGCAGAUAUCAUAAGUCUCAGAACUGGGUUAUCCAAGCAGAAAAUACAAACAUUAUACUGCCAGGAAAAGUUGAUAGCAUCUCAUGGCAAAGUAAUAAAUGGUAUGAAAGAAGAAGCGAACAUCAAGCGCACGGAAGAAAGUAUCAAGCAACAAGAGCUUGUAGCCGCCCACGAGGAAGCUGUUGUCUCGCUGAAUGCGGGCUACGAAGGUCAAAUCGCGCAACUUAAGACAGAUAUCGACGCCUGA